GGCACCAUCAGUGUCCACAUAGCCUUCCAGCUGCUGCUAGCUUGACCUAACUUAAGAUUUGUCACAGUUGCCGUUAGAAAGGCAACUAUUAAUUGGUCGAGUAUGGACGAAUUACCUUAUCCAAGCCAGCAAUGUAUUUGAUAUAUUGAGUUUCAAAAGAUAGAGUUGGUAGGUAACGUUGACCAGGUAACUGCUAACAGCAGUAAGCACUGGUUGUUUCUGGUGGCUCCCUCUGACCUGGGUUUUAAUUAUCGGUACCCAACUUAAAUUUGCUGAACAAACUUAACUGUUUUUGAAUUAGUGUCUCAAAACCAAGCUAUCCACUCGGUAGCUUCCUGCUUUGUAUUUAAAAGAUGGAUAAGUUUGUAGUGCGGCUUCCAAAGGGGGAAACACCUACGAAAUCGAAAAGCAAUGGAAAGGUUUACAAACAAACUACAAUUGAAUCUUUACGGAGGGUGGUUGUGAUUGAAGACAUCAUGCGCUACAAGUCCAUGUUGGAGCUGCCAGAACAGAGCAAGGACAACCUGCUGACUGCCCUGACAGAGCUGAGCAAGAAGAUCCCAUCCAGGGAAGUGCUCAAGUCCACUAAAAUAGGUCACACUGUCAACAAAAUGCGAAAGCAUCUGGACCAUGAGGUGAGCUCAAUGGCAGCAAAGGUUUACACUGACUGGAGGACGUUCAUUGAGGAGAAUUCCAAUAAGCCGUCUAUUGAAGUGCGCUCUGACAAACAAUCCGAAGGACUCAGAAACAACGCUAGAAGACUAAUGUCUGAAGCCCUGGAGGUCAAGGAGGAUUCUGGUCUUAUAGACAUCAUUGAAAGAGAAGUGUUUCACCAGAGCUCCCGGUUAGUCAGCAGCUCAUACAGACGGACUGUUCGAGCACUGGUGUUCGCCUUCAAACACAACCCUGAGAUCAGAACUCAAGUGAAGGAUAACACAAUGUCAGUCAACGAGGUGGUUUCUAAGUACAAGAAAUAACUGAGGAUGAAUAAGGCUUAGCCUUGAGACUGUAUAUUGAAGACUUCUGGUUUACAUGACAUUUGUGGUUUUUUCUGUAUACAUACAUUAAUGCAACAUUUUUAUUUUUUUUCUUGAUUUUCUGUAAAGGGGAUAUAAAAUACUUUCACGUUUUGUGGCACAUCACUAGCCUAACACUGUUGUUUUGUGUUGGAAUCAUGUAUGAAUAUUUUGUUAAUAGAUGCUUUGUUUUUAUAUUGAUGAACAUUUUUAUACAAAACAUGAUUGAUCUCCAGUUUCCUGAA